UGCCCGGCAAAGUGCCCGGCAAAGUGCCCGGCAAAGUGCCCGGCAAAGUGCCCGGCAAAGUGCCCGGCAAAGUGCCCGGCAAAGUGCCCGGCAAAGUGCCCGGCAAAGUGCCCGGCAAAGUGCCCGGCAAAGUGCCCGGCAAAGUGCCCGGCAAAGUGCCCGGCAAAGCGCCCGGCAAAGCGCCCGGCAAAGCGCCCGGCAAAGCGCCCGGCAAAGCGCCCGGCAAAGCGCCCGGCAAAGCGCCCGGCAAAGCGCCCGGCAAAGCGCCCGGCAAAGCGCCCGGCAAAGCGCCCGGCAAAGCGCCCGGCAAAGCGCCCGGCAAAGCGCCCGGCAAAGCGCCCGGCAAAGCGCCCGGCAAAGCGCCCGGCAAAACGCCCGGCAAAGCGCCCGGCAAAGCGCCCGGCAAAGCGUCCGAUCAUAGCUACCAGUUGAUAAUGAAACCAUUUACUCCUGAAAUGAGUGGUGGCAUGUUUAUGCUAGCACUAGACUAUGUAUUAGACCCAGAAUUACAGUAA